GUGCCCUGUGACCACUUCAGUUUCUUCGGGCAGAGCAGCGUUUCGUGUACUUACAAGCAAUCCGCAAGCAAUCUGGACUGGGAUUUGAUUCGCUUAUGUUAAAAUCAUGGCUUGCUCAGAGGAAGCGGAGGCCCAGUUCUCAGAGAUAGAGCUGUUAUUAAGUAUGUUUCCAAGUGAAGAAGAGUUACUGGUGGAUCAGCUCUCUCACGCGGAGCUCCGGGCUUUUGUGGAGGGCUCAGCUGAUACUCCCCCCAGCACCAGACCCCAGCUCUCUAUCAAGGUGAAGGUGGACAACCCUGAAGUGAGUAUUACAUUGUCCUGCACUUAUCCAAACGACUACCCGAAAGUGCUGCCAGAGAUUACUAUCAGAUGUCCUGAGCUCACUAGAGCGCAGCAGAUGCAGCUUCAUUCUGAACUCAACACCUACCUGUCUGCAAGCUGCUGCGGUGAAGUGUGUGUUCUGUCUGCCGUGCAGUGGAUCCAAGACAAUGCGCAAACAUACAUCAGUAAAAGCGUUCCUGUCAGUGAGCCCAAGAAGGAAAAUGUCUCAAUGCCGUCAAAAGAGACUUUCACCAGACUUUGGAUCUACAGUCAUCACAUUUACAAUAAGUUCAAGAGGAAGAACAUUCUGGAAUGGUCAAAGGAGCUGAACCUCUCGGGGUUCAGUAUGCCAGGGAAGCCUGGCAUUGUAUGUGUGGAGGGGCUGCAGUCUGGCUGUGAUGAGUUCUGGGCGAGGGUGAAAGUUUUAACAUGGAAGAGAAUUAUGAUUCGUCACAGAGAGGAUUUCCCUCUUGAUAGCAGCUGGUCAGAGGAGAGAACUGACUCCCUUCGCAAAUUCACAAGUUUCCAUGAAGCGAUUUUUGACCCUCACGGGAACAGAGGAAACCACAUGGACCUUGGACAGCUCUAUCAGUUCCUUCAUGACAAAGGAUGUGCUGAUAUCUUUCAACUGUACUUUGGGAUUGAGGGGAGAUAAUUGUGUUUGUUUGUGUGUGUGUGUGUGUGUGUGUGUGUGUGUGUGUGUGUGUUUAGGAGGCGGUUCUCAUUAUAUGAUGAGAAAUACAAUUUCAGCCUUCAUUUUUAGGCUCACCAACAAAUUGAAAUGUAAAAAAAAUAUUUUAUUGAAUUAUGCAAUUAAGACAAGAUAAACCCAUUCUAAUGCAAUAUGAGUUGUAACACAUUUUUUAUUGUCAAUCCUAACUAAAACAAGAUUGUAGUCCAUUGAAAUGGCCACAAGAAGAGUUCUACUUAAGAAUUCAGCCAUUUUUGUGUGUCCAUGGAAAAUUGUUUAGUUUAAGUGGACUGGAUAUAAUGCUUUAAAUAAAACAUUAGAAUGAGUAAAUGAUAACAGAUAACAGAAUGUUCCAUUUUGGGUGAACUGUACCAUUAAAGGGAUAGUUCACCCAAAAAUGUAAAUUCUCUCAUCAUUUACUCACUCUCAUGCC